AUGUCGACCCUAAUCCACAAGCGGAAACGCGCCAGAAAAGCUUGUAUCCCAUGCCAUCAGCGCAAGCGAAAAUGUGACACGUCGUAUCCCUGUGGCUUGUGUACGACUUACGGAUAUAAUUGCAGAUACGCUGAGGAUGACAGCCCUAAUACUACGGGUGGUGGCGCAGCCAAGCGCGUCAUUCUCGAUAGUGAAAAUCACCCUACGACGCGCAGUUCAGGGAACGAGCCUCACAUGGGGCAUAUCGCCCGUGAUGGGGAUGCCUUAUUAACAAAUAAUCCCGCCGUCGUGGCUGGUGACUCUCCAGGCAUCUUUGAUGAGCAGAAAUUCAGACAUUCCGGGGCAUCGGCAGCCAUGGCAUUCCCACACAUAUUGGGUAAGGCUCUUGGUUCCAACGAUCCUCCAAGAAUGCGGUCCUUUGCCUACAACUUUGGCAUUCGUCCUGAAGAGGCAUCCAGCUCCCAUUGCUUUCUGGGGGAUCUCAUCUCAGAAGAAGACCUUGCCUCCUUCUCAGAAGUUUACUUUUCAUUGUUGGGUCCCAUCGGCGAUGUGAUAGACCCAAGAAUCUAUGCCCAACGAUGUCGGGAAUAUUACCGAAGCUGUGGUAGCAACGCGAUUGCCUUUGCCGCUAUGGCUGCUGGUGUGGCUGCGCUCGGAUCGUUCUUAUCCCCAAGCAGACACCCGCGGGAAUCUGAUCUGGUACAGUACGCCAAAGCUAUUCUCGAUGAUCCGGCUUCUAUGCGAUUGCAUGGUAUCGACCAUAUUGUCGCCUGGGGCAUGCGAGUGUUAUACCUUAGAGCUACAACCCGCCCUAGCAAUGCCUGGAUUGCUUCGUGUACACAAAUGCACUUAUGUGAAGCAAUAGGGCUGCACGAGGAAGAGAAUAUAAAAAAAAUGGCGUCCAUCGCCGGCGCUGCGGCCCUUGGACAUGAUGCGGAUCGGCUAAGAAGAAUCUUUUGGGUCUCCUGGGCUGGGCACAACAUGCUGUCCUAUGAGUACGAUCGUUCGCCCGUACACUUUCGAGCCGUGACUUGCCAGCCUAUUAUUUCGGUAUUAGGGUCUGUUGCCGACCAAUUCGUCCAAUUAGUACAGCUAAUUCCGUCACCUAACUCUCCUUUCCAACUUGAACGACAGUCUUCAACCCCGAGUGAGGAGUUAUUCCAACGUCUCAAGGUAUUGGCUGGGUUUCAGACCACGCAUCCGUUCCUAGUAGUAACCAAGGCAGAAAUCGCGUUCUGUUUCUAUCGUCGCCUAUACCAGCUCAAAACCUGCAUACCAGAUGAAUAUAUUAAGCUCAUUGUUCAUAGCGGCAAUGCCGCAACAGAAGCAGCGGAGCAGCAAGCUGAACAGGGUCGCUUGUUCUGGAACGUCAUCGGCAGCGUCUUUCAAUACGCCUGCAUCCUGUUAGCCAUCGACACGCCAGCCGCCUCUCUUCACAUUGCAGCUACCUUCAAGGGCUUGGAAAAUGUUGUCAAAGCUGCCGAUACGGUGCUGACGCGCGAGGCAUUGUCGAUGGCGCGGCAUCUACUCAGUCUUAAUAUAGCCAAGAAACGUAAAGAAGUUGCUCAGCUAGAAGCUAUCGAGGGUACUUACCAGUUCUUUCCAACGCACUCGGCAUCUGAGACCAAUAUUUCCAUUCCAGAUGUGGAUUGGGGGAUGGACUGGGACCAGAUCUUUAUUGAGCCAUAUCUAUCGGUCCUUGGUCAGGACUUUAAUUUAUAG